AUCGAUGGCCUAAGAGAAAGGAAGAAAAUAGGGGAAAUCGAAAAUAGAAUAAUAAACCAGAGCAGAGAAAACCAAAACCAGAGGCUCCAGAGGAUCGGAUAUACGACAUAGGGAUACACCUGCAUCUCCCGACCAAAUGGGCAACUUUGUGAGCAGGCAGAACGCGGCGGUGGAGGAGGCGGAUCCGAGCACGAACAAUGCCUACAAAUAUCCACCCAGAAUGGGCAACUUCUUUGGGACGCACUUCAUCAUGGGCGGCGAGCGCUUCGACACGCCGCAGCCGGAAUCCUAUCUGUUUGGCGAGAAUGCGGAUCUCAAUUUCCUGGGCAACCGACCCACCGCCUUUCCGUAUCCCCCGCCGCAGGCCAACGAACCCACCAAGACCCUCAAGAGUCUGGUCAACAUUCGCAAGGAGUCGGUGCGCUUCGUCAAGACGCUGAACGACAAGAAGAUGGUGGGCCUCAUCGAGAAGCCCAAGCCCAAGCCCACGCCCACGCCUACGCCCAUCAAGGACAUCGACAUCGAUCGGGAUUUGGACCUGGAGAAGGACAAAUCCAAUGUGACCAUCGAGGAUGUGGACGGCAAUGUCCUGUGCUCCAUGGGCCUGGGUGGCGGAGAUCCAGACUUGGCUCCACCACCGCCGCCCUGCUCGUACAACAUCGAGUUCACCUUCGACUCGGACGCCAAGUGCGCCAUUACCAUCUACUAUUUCUGCUCCGAGGACGUCAGUCCCAGCGGCGUGACGCUGGUGCCGCGCGAGGGCCUCACCUCGGAGACGUACCACUACGAGAAGGGCAUCAAUCAGUGCUUCUCGCAGCCGGGCCACGUCUUCAAUCCGCAGCAGAUGCCCGAGGAUGAGCUGGGCUACAGCCCGGGACGCGAGCAAUAUCCCGUGGCCAUCCAUUGUGUGGUGGAGGAGGGCAGCGACGAGUGCCGCCAGUCGCACACCACCAUCUGUGUGAUCGACCAUCAUCCGGAGAACGGCAGCUAUGUGCUGCGCGCCCUCAAGCAGAAGAUCUUCGUGGAUGGCCUGUGCUAUCUGCUGCAGGAGAUCUACGGCAUCGAGAACAAGGCGGUGAACAAGACGUCGUUGGACGAGGAGAUCGACGAUCAUGGCAGCGAGUGUGUCAUCUGCAUGAGUGAGACCCGGGACACCCUGAUCCUGCCCUGCCGCCAUCUCUGCCUGUGCAAUUCGUGUGCCGACUCGUUGCGCUACCAGGCCAACAACUGUCCCAUUUGCAGGGCUCCUUUCCGGGCGCUGCUGCAGAUUCGGGCUGUCCAGAAGGGGAUUAGCACGCAUGUGCUGCACCAGAACACGCCCACGUCGACGGGCGGGGAGCCUGCGCCCGUGGAUGUGCCGCCUGGCUAUAUUCCAGUCUCGCUGAUCGAGGCGCUCAACGGACCGCCGCAAUAUGUGGCCAGGGCCAGGACCAGCGAGCACGACAUCACCGACUCCGCCGCCACAGUGGCCGCCUCGACAAUGACCAGUGCCGACAUCAAGGCCACUUCGCCCAUCAAGUCCAGCAGCCAGCGGCGGCCGAAGAUCAAGAAGAACGCCUCGACCUGCACGUCCACCAGCGAGGUGGGCACCAUUACCAACCAGUCGGGCGGCAACGGAAACGGUUCGUCCACACAUUCCGUGGAAAUCGAAAGCGAUCCGAAGAAGUCCAGCACGGCCACCUGCACUUCGCCCACACUGGGCGGCACAUCCACGUCGCCGGAAGCGAAGCAGGACAAGCUGCAGAUCGUCAACGAACGAAAGUAUCCCAGAUCCACGGCCGGAUCCGGUGGCGAUGGCUCUGCGGGCACCGACGACGACGAGGACAGCGAGAACGAGAAGCUGUCGCCGCUCCUGUCGCCCGGCAGCAAGAGCAAGAACGUGUCCAGCAAGUCGCUGAAGCAAGUGGUCGCUUGCCUGGAGGCAGACGAUGCGGAAAAGCCAGCUGGCGAGGGGUCCGCUGAGGAGUCCGGCCUGAAGAAGGGCUCCUCGCUGAAGCGCACCAAACCGAGGCCAGAACUUAGCGGCGGCGGCGGCACACCUUCGCCCGCCGAGGCCACAGCCGAGGAUUCGGACUACUACACGCCGGAAGAUACUCAGAACUCGAUAUUGAGUCCACUCUGUCCCUCGGAGCGAGCCAAGAGCGGUGAUCCGCUGGGCGCCGGAAGCCUCGGCAACGGCAGGAGCGCCGGAUCCGUGGGCGGACCUGCACCCGUUCCGCUCGUGGGCUUCAGCAGUGCGGUGAAGAAGAAUCUGCACAAGAAGUCCACCUCGGUGGGCAACAUGGUGGGUUCCGGUUCGGUGGCCACAGUUGUGGAUUUGAAGUCCAACAACGUUAGCUCCCUUCCAGACAUGUUGGACAGCCCGAUCAGCGGCAACUCGGCCUCGACGCGCAGCUCCAGCGACAGUUACUCCUCCAGCUCGUCCACCAAGCAGCUGCUCAGCUCAAAUCCGACCGCCACGGCCGCCAACAUCAUCGUGGACGACAAGACAGCUCUGCAGAAUGCCGUCAAUGUUUAAAGCCGGUCUCAGUUGAAUUUCCGCGUUUCGUUUUAUCGUUUUUAGCUUGCGUUUACUCUAUUUAUUCGUAGUCACCUAGAUUUAGUUAAAUCAAUGCAGCUUCCCCGCCCGCAGGAACACGAUGUUAAUGAAGA